AUGGAUGGGGGACUAGCUGCAGCUGUACGGCCACUAAGAGCCGAGAAAUGGAUUAUAGAUCUCGAAAGGACUUACGAGAUCUGUGGAUGUAUUGAGGAUCAGAAGGUUCUAUAUGCUGGAUACCUAUUCCAAGGAGAAGCUGGAACAUGGUGGGAUAUGCGAAGGUUCAAGGAAGAAUUCGACAACAUAUCCUUCCCAGAUUCUGUCAAACAACUGAAGGCGCAAGAGUUCGCGUCUUUAAUUCAAGGCAGUUCAACUGUAGAGCAGUACGCCGCUAAGUUUAUGGCGUUAGGAUGGUUUGCACCAUACUUGAUUUCUACUCAAAGGAUGCAAGCGCAUAAGUUUCAAGCAGGACUUCAGCCAAGGAUCCGUAGCCAAGUAGCUUGCCUAAAAAUAGAGAAUUAUCAAGAGUUGGUAAACGUGGCCGCGAUAGCAGAGGCUAAGCAAAGAGGUCUAGCGAUCUAG